AUCCAGGGAAUGUCAAUGUCCAUAUGCUGCUGCUGUUGGUAUUUAUCACCAUCUAUCCAUCUGUUUUUCUUUCUUUUUUUACCUGUUCUUGGUUUCCUCCUCUCCUCUCCGCAACCACCAAUCAUCGCCUAGCCUACGCUGGCUGUCGUGGACUCGUCUCGUCCUAGAGCCAGUCUAUGCCCUGCCCUGUCACCCCAUCCAACCCAACCGUCAGACAGUAGGCAGGCAGGCAUCUCUUCGUAUCCAUCCAUCCAUCCAUUGCCGGCGGGCGACUUGUUCCUCCCUAACCUAAAACUCUAACACCGCAGGGGGCCGCGCUGUAUUUCUGUUCUAUUGUAUUCGUUUCCAUUCAAUUCAGACGCAGGCUCAGCACGGGGUUUCUUCUACCACAAGCAUCCAUCCAUCCUUCCUUGUUCGCUUCGCUUUCUAUCCAAUCCAAUCCAUGUCUUCUCACGCUCCGCCCAAUCCCCAGAGUGAUGCUUUGGAAGAGGCGCAGGCACUUCUUAAUGAUCGCACUCCUCCCGACUCUGAGGAAUAUUCCCUCGCUGCAGCUAUUCUUCCGUUUUUGUUCCCUGCUCUCGGUGGACUGCUAUAUGGAUACGAUAUUGGAGCCACAUCUUCCGCCACUAUUUCCAUUCAGUCAGCUGCAACAAGUGGGAUUACUUGGUAUAAUCUGUCUCCCGUGGAUGUUGGUCUUAUCACCAGUGGCUCAUUAUAUGGUGCAUUGAUUGGUUCACUUUUGGCAUUUAAUGUUGCAGACUUUUUGGGAAGGAGGAGGGAAUUGAUCUUUUCAUCUUCAAUGUAUCUCAUUGGAGCUCUAGUAACAGCCGUGGCACCAAAUUUUGUGAUCUUGGUGAUAGGACGUUUUGUCUUUGGUAUAGGAAUUGGAUUGGCCAUGCAUGCUGCUCCUAUGUACAUUGCAGAAACAGCUCCAAGUCGUAUACGAGGGCAGCUAAUUUCACUUAAAGAAUUUUUUAUAGUUCUUGGAAUGCUACUUGGAUAUAUAGUGGGUAGCCUUUUGGUGGAGGUAGUAGCGGGUUGGCGGUAUAUGUAUGGAGUUAGUUCUCCUCUAUCCCUCAUAAUGGGAAUUGGGAUGUGGUGGCUUCCUCCAUCCCCUAGAUGGAUUCUUCUUAGAGCCAUACAGGGGAAGGGUGAGAUGCUGGUUUUGAGGGAGGCUGCCAUAUCUAGCUUAUGUAGACUAAGAGGUGAAGCUAUUGGUGAUUCAGCUUCUCAGAAAGUGGAUGAGAUUAUGUCUGAGCUCUCUUAUUUGCAAGAGGAGGAAGAAGCAUCAAUAACAGAGUUGUUCCAGGGUAAAUGCUUGAAAGCACUUACAAUUGGUGGUGGCCUUGUCCUAUUUCAACAGAUUACCGGGCAACCAAGUGUAUUAUACUAUGCUGCAACUAUUUUUCAGAGUGCAGGAUUUUCUGCAGCAUCGGAUGCAACUAAGGUCUCAAUUCUGCUUGGUUUCUUGAAGCUGGUCAUGACAGGGGUUGCUGUUCUGGUGGUGGAUAGACUAGGGAGGAGGCCUCUCCUGCUUGGUGGUGUCUCUGGAAUUGUAUUAUCACUGUUUCUCUUGGGGUCUUACUACACAUACCUGGAUAAUAUACCGGCUGUGGCAGUUGUUUCUUUGCUUGUGUAUGUUGGAUGCUACCAGCUAUCAUUCGGGCCCAUAGGAUGGUUGAUGAUAUCGGAGGUGUUCCCACUGCGGGUGAGAGGGCGGGGACUGAGCGUGGCAGUGCUGGUGAACUUUGGGGCAAAUGCUUUGGUGACAUUUGCCUUCUCUCCACUCGAGGAGGUGGUGGGGGCUGGAGCGGUGUUCUUCGUGUUUGGGGGCAUCGCAGUGGCGUCCCUCGUCUUCAUCUUCUGCGUUGUCCCAGAGACCAAGGGGCUUAGUUUGGAGGAAAUUGAGGCAAAACUCCUCUAGGGGUUAGGAGUUAGGCUUUAGUAGUAGUAGAUGCUGAAAUGCAGCAGUUGCAGCAGCAGCAGUAUAUACUCACUAUAUAAUAAUUGAAUGAAGGAAUAAGUUUGCGGGAGCGUUGUUGGGAGUAUGGAAAGGAGCCGAGCCGAGCCGAGCAAAAUGGAUGGACGGAUGGAGCCUGGAGGGCAUUGCUUUUGCUCUCUUGCUUUGGAAUAAAUUCAAACAUGGGGUCGGCUCGUCUCUUGUUAUUGUGGAAUUUUAUUAAUAUUUAAUGAUAUCAGCUACUCUCUCAAGUUCUUUUUAUUGAUAUAUAUAUAUAUAUAUAUA